AUGUAUGGUGUAACAAAUUUUAGUGCUAUAAUUUAUCCUCAACAAUCGGCUAUUUUAGCUGUUGGUGGCGUUGAAACAAAAAUUGUACCUACAACAGAUUCUUCAAAAGGUUUUCGUCAAUCAACUAUUCUCAAUGUAACAUUAGCAUGUGACCAUCGUAUUAUUGAUGCUGUCGUUGGUGCCCAAUGGUUACAAGAAUUUAAACAAUUUCUUGAACAUCCUGGAUCAAUGAUUUUAUAA